CGCUCGUCUCUUCAUCAUGCAAACUCGCCUGAUUGGAGGUCCAAGCGAACGCUAUCCUGCCCCUGUUAAUUAUAGUUGAAGCUAUUGUGUGCAAUCCUGGCGCUGAUCUGUGCUCCUGCGUCACUUCCACACACAUGUACAGGCCUGUGUCCGUGUGUGUGGUCGGUUGGUUGGCUGUCCGUGAUUUAGGAUAUGCCUCACGUAUGCCAAUUUCAAAAUAGCACGUUGGUUGUCGCUCCAACACCCUCGCUCUAACUCUCUCUCUCGCUCUGGUUUGCGACUCCAGUUGUGCCUGAGCGCGUCUCAUCGUUCCCGGCUCCGUUAUGUAAUUAAAGCAUCUCUACGACAACAUUAAACAUUAUUUAGCUGAGGUGUUUGUUGUCAUGUACCACUGAGCUCCACAUUGUGAACAUGCUAAAUGUUUGUGAGCACCAGAGUCUCUCCCCCAAGGAAUUGGUGACACACUCUUUUUAUUUUCCUAUGAAAUGCUGCCAGGGCUUGUGUUGGAUGUUGUUGAAUGUGACCCAAGGAAUUAUUGCCCAAACUGUUACAUUAACUAUGUGAAUGGUCUCGUCUUUGAAUGACAUUGAGUACGUUUUGAAAUAACUUAAAAUCACAAUGGUUAUCGACAUUAAACAUACUGUAUAGCUGCCUUACAUCUGAUGCAAUAUGCAACAUAAAUCCUUAGCCAAAGUAGACUAGGGUAUUUGUGUGUGAGAUUAAUCCACUAUUUCCUGAAAGGAUUCUCAUGAGAGGUUGAUCUUUUGCCAUCCUGUGGUCUGAUAAAUAUAUACAUCUUUAGUAAUAUAUACAUUUUAAGUGGGCCAUCAUCCUAAGCUGAUAUGUGGGAAAGCAAACGGACGCACACGCACACAAACACUAUGCUUGUUUGUGAAUGGGUCGGUGUUUGUGUUCCAGGUUCCCUACAUCGGCUUGUCCAUGCAGCUUUGAUUAUCGGUAGCUUCCCUGUUGUCCUUUGACAUUCCACUUCUCUGUGCCACUCGCCGCUCUUCCUCUUUUCUGUUAUUCAGUCGGGUCGAUCAUCUCUAGCAUGGGCUCAGGGGUGUGCGGUUGUUGUGGUGCCCUGAGGCCUCGCUACAAGAGGCUGGUGGACAACAUCUUUCCAGAGGACCCUGAGGAUGGGCUAGUGAAGGCCAACAUGGAGAAGCUGACGUUCUACGCCCUGUCAGCUCCGGAGAAGCUGGACCGUAUCGGGGCCUACCUGUCUGAGAGGCUGUCCAGGGAUGUGGCUCGCCACAGAUACGGCUACGUGUGCAUAGCGAUGGAGGCCCUGGACCAGCUGCUGAUGGCCUGCCACUGCCAGAGCAUCAACCUCUUCGUGGAGAGCUUCCUCAAGAUGGUGCGCAAGCUGCUGGAGUCGGACAAACCCAACCUCCAGAUCCUGGGCACCAACUCGUUUGUGAAGUUCGCCAACAUAGAGGAGGACACGCCGUCGUACCAUCGCAGCUACGACUUCUUCGUCUCGCGCUUCAGCGAGAUGUGCCACUCCAGCUACGAGGACCCCGACAUCCGCACCAAGAUCCGCAUGGCGGGCAUCAAGGGUCUGCAGGGCGUGGUCCGGAAGACGGUGAACGACGAGCUCCAGGCCAACAUCUGGGACCCCCAGCACAUGGACAAGAUCGUUCCCUCGCUGCUCUUCAACCUGCAGAGCGGGGAGGGCGUGGAGAGCCGCUCUCCAUCAGAGAAGGAGAAGGAGAGCCCGGUGGAGCUGACGGAGCGCUGCUUCAGGGAGCUGCUGGGGCGCGCCGCCUACGGCAACAUCAAGAACGCCGUCACGCCCGUCCUCAUGCACUUGGAUAACCACUCAUUGUGGGAGGGCAAGACAUUUGCGGUGCGCUGCUUCAAGAUCAUCAUGUAUUCCAUCCAGUCCCAGCACUCUCACCUGGUCAUCCAGCAGCUCCUGGGCCACCUGGACGCCAACAGCAAGUCCUCCGCCACCGUGCGGGCCGGCAUCGUGGAGGUGCUCCUGGAGGCGGCCGCCAUCGCAGCCAGCGGCUCAGUGGGCCCCACAGUGCUGGAGGUGUUCAACACCUUGCUGCGUCAGCUGCGUCUGAGCGUGGACUUUGAGCUGACUGGCUCCUACGACCCUGGCAGCAGCAUGGGCACCAAGAUCAUCAAGACCCACGGAGAGAGACAGCUGCAGGAGGCCGUCAUCAGAACCAUCGGGUCGUUUGCCAACACGCUGCCGACCUACCAGAGGUCAGAGGUCAUGCUCUUCAUCAUGGGCAAGAUCCCUGUGCCUGGCGUCCACCCUGCACUUUCCUCCUCGUGCUCUGGGCCUGAAGGAACCAGGAUGAUCCAGAUCAUGCUUCUCAAGUCCCUGGUCCAGGUGACGGCGGGCUUCCAGACCACCAACAUGCUGACGGCGCUGCCCAGCUCGUUCCUGGAGCCGCUGCUCUCCUUCUCCCUCACCGAAGACCCCGAGGUCCGCCUGCUGGUGAUCCACAUCCUGCUCAGCCUCAUCGAUCGCCACGACAACCGCCCCAAGUUCUCCGCCAUCAGCAUUAUCUCGGAUAUCUCCGUGCUCAAGCUGAAGGUGGACAAGUGCUCCAGACAAGACAACUUGUUCAUGAAGAAGCACGGCCAGCAGCUCUACCGCCACAUCUACCUGGGCUGCAAGGAGCAGAGCAGCGGGCGGCAGCACUACGAGAACCUCUACAACCUGCUGGCCCUGCUCAGCAUGGAGCUGGCCAACGAGGAGGUGGUGGUGGACCUCAUCCGGCUGGCGCUCGCCCUGCAGGACCUGGCACUGUCCACGGAGGAGUCCAUGCCCGUGUUCAACCGCUGUGCUAUCCACGCGCUCGCUGGCGCGUACCUCAACCUCAUCUGUCAGCUGACCACAGUACCCGCCUUCUGCCAGCACAUACAUGAGGUAAUUGAGGUGAGACAGAAAGAAGCCCCCUUCCUUUUGCCGGAGGACAUCUUCAUAGAAGGGCCCAAGCUACCUCCCUCUCUUGAGAAGGUGGAAGGGGAGGUGCUUUUCCUCCAGUCCAAGAUCACGGAGGUCCUGGGAGGCAGCGGCUACAACAUAGACCGGCUGGCCACGCCAUACAUCCCCCAGUACACCGAUGAGGAUCGCCUCUCCAAGAGGAAGAGCAUCGGGGACAACAUCUCCCUCCCGCCGGAAGACGAGUCCCGUAACAGUCCUGAGAAAGAGGAGCGUACCCCAGCAGAGGAGAUCACGUUUGAAACGCUCAAAAACGCCAUUGUGGACAGUGUGGGUAUGGAGGAGCAGGAACGGGAGCGUAGGCGACAGGUGGUAGAGAAGUUCCAGAAGGCCCCGUUCGAGGAGAUAGCUGCCCACUGUGGCGCCAGGGCCACGUUACUGCAGAGCAAGCUGAACCAGAUCUUUGAGAUCACCAUCAGACCCCCGCCCAGCCCGUCGGGAACCAUCUCGUCGGGCUACGGCCAGACCCAGAGCCGCUCCGUACCCGUCUACGAGAUGAAGUUCCCAGACCUCUGCGUGUACUAGCUGGGGGGGUGGGGGUGGGAGGGUGGUGUCAUCGCUCUGAUACGGUCAUCGCGGGUAAAUACCCACUUGCUGAAGUCGGGGUAGAAGAAAACGCGAAAGCUUCCUCGGUCAGUAGUAGCCUGCAAUCAAACAAAGCCCGGUGGAAGGCCGGGGGAACCCUCCAGUUGUUCGAAGCCAAACUUAAUAGAGCAAGCUAACUUUAAUGAUUUAGCUGCCCAAUCGUCGCUUCCCAGUCGUUUCUAGGAUUAUUAUUAUUAUUUUUUUUUUAGAUUUUUUGCCAAGAGACAUUGCCAAAAGCUGUUGACAAAUCUGCAACCGUAGAUUCUUAAGUCCUCGUUCAAACCGACCUGCUGCAUGCCCUACGCGUCUUAAUGUUGUCCAUGACCCCUUUCACAUAAGGCUGUUUUUGUUUUGUUUUCGUUUCCCUGUGAUGCCUGGGCGGUCGACCCUUGGGAGCCAUCUUACCUGGCAACAGUAAAACAUAAAAACAUAAAACAUACUAUUUAGGGUCAUUGGAGGAAUGCAUAGGAAAGCACAUCCGUGCUUUGGUUUCCGUAGCUUAAGUCCUCACUGACUGACGAUUUGACCCAAUGUUUAAGGGAUUCCAAGCAUCAUGUUUGUUUGUUUUUAAACAAAUGCAUUGAAGGUUUAAUUUUUUUCUACCUUUUUAUUUAUUGUUCUGUUUUUAUUCCUCUUCCUUUCUAAUUUUAAUGUGGGGCCAUUACGCCUACCUUGUUUUUAUCAUCCUAACUGUGGUAAUUAAUUUGCUUUGCUUUCAACAGGUAAUUAAUUGUCUUUGUGUGUCCCUCUCAAAGCGACUGUUGCUGUCUGUUGACGAAUGCCGGCUGCCUGAACACUGGCACUUUGUCCGGUCCCAGCCACUCCACUGAACCGCACUACAUAUAAACAAACCCACAGCUCGUGGCCGCAGCAGCCUGAGUGUUGAACCCCCAAAUGGUGAGAAGAUUCAGAAAAACAAGCAGGACCAGAUCAAUCAAGCAGCUAGUGUGGUCUCAUUAAACCACACUGGCUGUACUCGCUGCUCCACACACAUUUGUAUAUAAGCCCAGAGUUGUAAAUAUCCCCGGAAAGCAGAUUUGUAGGAGGGUUGAGUGUGUGUAUAUACCUUUACUUGUGUAUAUAUAUAUAUAUAUAUAUAUAUAUUACUAAAUAAUAUGCCUAAUUUUCUUUCAUUGCACUGAUUCGGGCCAUAAAUAAGUAAAGUUCUUUAAUGCUCCUUAAAUCAACCGAAGCAGCAGUAAAACAAUGGAUUAAAUACGAUAGUCAUUUGUCCAGGUGAUGCCAGGAAACAUGACUUUCAUUCGUCUGUAAAACACAAUAUAUAUGUAAUCGUAAAUUUUCUCGAUGGUCGCGGGAGAACAAGAACUUGGCCCGUUACUUACUACAAUACUGGUUUAUAUGGCUAGUUUUAUUUAUUACAAUUUAAAGCCAACACACACACACACACACACACACACAGGUGUAUAACGGCAAUAAUUUGUUUUGAGCGCAACGCCAUUCCUCAAAAAUGAUGCCAUUGGGGACAAUGUAGAGCGAGAUGGUGGGCUACAUAGGACCCCCAUUCCUUCUCUGUACGACAACGAUACAAUGCUUCUCCAACCACCUCCAACCGCUCUCCUGUGUUUCUGUCACAUGACCGCGUUGGGCUUGCCGAAUGUAGCUGCCAAUACAAUCCCAUCAUCCUGUUCUAUUGAUUAUGUUUGGAUUGUCCAGCGGCUCCCCUAUGUUUUGCUGCAGCUGUCCGCCAUGUAUUGUCUUGUGACCGUAUACGUAUGAUUGUCCACAUAAGCCGACAUUGACCUGUGUACAUUUUCCUCUGUGUGUGUGCGUGUUUGUAUUAUUGUUGCUAUUAUUAUUAUUAUUGUUAAUCGUACUGUCUGUCAAGUGUUAAUCAUGUUUUAUGUGUGUGUCUGGCAUUCAUGCAAAUAAUAUUCCAUGUGUCUUUUCAAACGAUUACUACCCAAGACCGAACUAUUCAAAUACAGUUUACAGUAAAAAAUAAUGAUCCCAGUUGUUGACCCCGUGUCUCAAGCAGUGAGCCCGUCUCAAUGUUUUUCAACCACACCGAUAUUUGGCCACAUUUGUACUCUUGUUUUUACACCAUCUUGUGAUUUUUGAAGUGAACGCGUGUGAUACCGUCAACAUGAUUGUCGUGGUCGCAAAUGCCUACCGACUCAUUCCACAUUAGUUUCCGUCAACAUUUACAUGUCUGGUAAUAUGUAUAUGUUUACAAUGUAGUGCUGUAGGUCAAGUGGACUGUGAACUUUGCACUUUACAACUGGAUUAUCUAGUGACACAGGCAGCUUUUAUAUGGAGGAAAUGCCUUACCCAAGUGUCAGUCCCUAAAUUGCAUGCUGUCGCUGUAGCUGUGUUGUACAGUUCAAUGAGCAUUGUGGAAAUAAACUCUUAAGUGAUCAUUA